AUGGUGAUCUCAACAGCAAUCCGUAUAGCGCCUACAAGGGCAGCACGCGCACUCAACCUCCUCCGCACCGUACAAUAUACGCAUCCUCCGUCAUGUCCUUGCCAUUCAAAUCCCAAUUACCACCAAUCGCCGGCUACCGUACAGCAAGCACGCCGACACCUCGCAACGCCCCUCGACCAAUUCCAGCAGAAAGAAUAUGCUUUCGAGAUGGCAGCAUCGAGCAUACGAUUUGGGCCUGGAUGUACAAAGGAAGUGGGUAUGGACUUCAAGAAUAUGGGAAGCAAGCGCGUUAUGGUCGUCACAGACCCGAACGUGCGGAAACUAGAUGCCAUGAAGCAGGUCAUUGAAGGUUUGGAGAGGGAGGGUGUAACGUAUGAGAUCUUCGACAAGGUCAGGGUCGAGCCAAAGGACCAUAGCAUAAAAGAGGCGAUCGAGUUUGCGAAGCCGUGGAAACCAGAUGCAUACUUGGCUGUUGGUGGUGGCAGUGUUAUUGACACUGCCAAAUUGAUGAACCUGUACACCACGUUCCCCGAGGCAGACUUCCUGGAUUUCGUCAACGCCCCGCUCGGAAAGGGAAUGCCUAUUCCAUCGAAGCUUUUCCCACUCAUUGCCGUACCAACAACAGCAGGAACUGGAUCUGAGACUACCGGUACAGCCAUCUUCGAUCUGGUCUCCAAGCGCGCGAAGACGGGUAUCGCUCACCGCAACUUGAAGCCUACGCUGGGCAUAGUUGACCCAUUGAACACACGUACCAUGCCCUCUGCGGUCCACGCCUCUUCAGGUCUUGACGUACUUUGCCAUUCUCUUGAAUCAUGGACUGCGAUACCGUACUAUGAGCGCACUCCGCGACCUACCAACCCCAUCAACCGUCCAGCCUACCAAGGCGCGAAUCCAAUUUCCGACAUCUUCUCUCUCAAGGCUCUGAAGGACACAGUCAAGUACCUACCUCGCGCAGUCAAAGACCCUGAUGAUCAUGAGGCGCAAUCCCAGAUGUUGCUAGCUGCAACACUCGCUGGUGUUGGUUUCGGCAAUGCAGGUGUGCAUCUCUGCCACGGCAUGUCCUACCCUAUCUCAGGGCAAAAUCCCGGAUACAAGCAUGCUGGCUAUGACGUUGAUCACACCAUCAUCCCGCAUGGUGUUAGUGUUGCAGUAACGGCACCAGCAGUAUUCAAGUUCACUGGCGCAUCAAACCCGGAGAGGCAUCUGGCCGCUGCCGAGGCAUUUGGUGUGGAUAUCUCAAAUGUCAAGGCAGAGAGUGCGGGAGAGGUGUUGGGUGAGGCGCUAGCAGAAUUCUUGAUCAAACUCGGUGAUCAACCACGCGGUCUAAAGGCGCUUGGCUUCGGAAAAGAGCAUUUGGACCAGUUGGUUGAGGGCACAAUUCCUCAGGCGAGAGUGCUGAUGCUAGCACCCAGCUUAGAGAUGCAGAACGUUGAUGCCGAGAGAGAGCAGUUACGGGGUUUGUUCGAGGAUGCUAUGGAGUACUGA